UCAGGGUCACCAUACGAGCAACAUGUCUCGGGACGCGACAACACCAUUGCAGCGUGCUCGUGUGCCCAACAUUGUGACCGGUAGUAAAAUUACCACUGCUCUGCUAGUACUACUACUGCUGAACGGAGGGCCGCUGGAAUUUGAGGCCCCAGGGCAGUUGUCCUCUUUUUCAGGGUUUCUGCUCUACCCGGACACCCCUGUCAAGAUGGAGACUACAUCACGAGAGGCCUUCUGCUUCAGGAAAGUCUCGCCACGAAACAGCGGAAAAGGUCCAAUUUCCAUUCCAGGUGCCCAAACAUCGUGGCGGGAGACCCGCCAUUCCCAUCCGGCAACCUCAAGACAAACAGGAAGUGGAAAGAGUAGGCAUUUAGAGGACGAUAAGGAACCACAUGUCUGCGAUUCAAACCAAAAUCCAGAGAUGCUGUCUCAGUACCAGAAGGACUUCCCUCCUCCAUCCUCCUGGCAUAGGAGAACCCCUGCCCUGCCACAGCCGGACAACAUUGGGAUCAACCCGGCUUUCAGGAUCGAGUUUGGGACUGUCCACAGGGAGACCUACCCCAAUUGGCCCAACCCUGAUAAGGGACGCGCCCUGUCCACAAAUACCAAAUGUCCAUCCAGAAACACUCAUUGGACACUUCAUUAGGUACA